UAUCGACCUAGAUCCGUCUAUGAAAGCUCUCUUGCGAGAUGUGGACAUGUCACUCCUUCGCCACAAAACCGUACAUUCAAGUGACCUGGCCAAAACGCCGCGCGAGUUGGAAGUAUACCCCAACGACCCUGCUGAUGUAGAUGAUUACAUGACCUCAGAGGAGCUGGACUUCCAGGAGGCCGACGCUGACGAUAAGUCAACGCGUAAAUCACCAGCUGCACUCUUUGGCAGUCAGCGUAUCGGCGCUGUCGUUCUGCCACUAGAGCUUCAGAAAGCAAUCACGCAGCUAAUCUCGGAGUCUGACAAACCUAUGCUGCAUGUGGAUGCAAAGCGGCUGUUCCUAGACGAGAAUGAAAGCGGAGCCGAGUGGGAUACUACUUACGAUGUGCGCUACAAGUCAAGAGAGCAGCGCGUUCGCCACGCGGAGCGCGACGGCACGGCAUUUGCUUCAGUGGCACUGCCCGCGCAUUAUUCCGCCAUAUAUGCGGUGCUACAUCACUUGAAGCAGCGGCUAAGUCCCGGCUGGUCAGUUCAACAUGUCAUUGACUGGGGUGCAGGAACGGGAAGCGGUCUCUGGGCGUCGUCUUAUGCAUUUCAGAAGCCACCGGAAGAAGGUGCAGAGGAGGUUGAUGUUCAAUUCGUCAAGUCGACAUUAGCGUCCUACAUUGGUAUCGAGAAAAGAGAGGGGCUAGUAAAAAUCGGUAAACGACUGCUGAAAGGUACAGACGUGGGCGAUGUCAGCGUAUCAUGGCAGAAAGCGUUUCAUGAGGAUAACAAAUUGCCUCGUGUUGACGGUGGUGGUGUCCUUUCAUUGUCCGCCUUCAUGUUGUCAUCUCUACCUAACACUGUGGCGCGUAAGAAAGCGGUCAAAGAGAUGUGGGAGAGCGGUGCUGACAUCAUCGUUCUCAUCGACCAUAACACGACGACUGGCUUUCAAUGUAUAGCCGAUGCUCGUGACAACCUUCUCCGAAUGGGUAAGCGCGAAAUGGAAGACCCUGACGCGAAGGAUUGGCCAGUGCGGGGUUCGCAUGUUGUUGCACCUUGCCCUCACGACGGUGCAUGCCCUUUGUUCAACGUGGGCCCGAAGUCGCUUGUAUGCGGGUUUUCUCAGCGUCUCCAACGACCGGAAUUUGUCCGCAAGACCAAACAUUCGAAGAUGGGACAUGAAGACAUUGGCUAUUCGUAUGUGGUCAUCCGGCGAGGCGCCAGGCCAGAACAGCCGAACAGCAAGUUCGGCCGCAUUGGCGACAUUGGUAGACGUGAGCUGGAGAAGAUCGCUGCUGCCCAGGCUUCCGCAGCAGAAUUGGUCGUCGACAGAGAUGCCAGCCAGCCAGCCAAACCAACAAAGCCUCCCGUUGAUCCAUCUCUGACGAUUGAUCCUGCCGGGGUCGACAUGACCCCGCAAGAUAUUCAAGAAACUCUGAGGUCUGAAGCUUAUUACUGGCCAAGGCUAGUAUUCCCGCCUCUGAAGCGGAGUGGCCACAUUGUUUUGGAUGGCUGCACCUCAGAGGGGAAAAUCAUGCGUAUGACAGUUCCGAAGUCGCAAGGCAAACAGCCAUUUUACGAUGCUCGGAAAUCGUCCUGGGGAGACAUCUUUCCUCAUGACCCCAAGAAUCCUCCGCAGGUACGCUUCACCCCUGAGAUGGCUGGUCGUCGACCAGCACCGGGCAACCAGCCAAAAAAUACCGCGACCAGCAAGCAUAGUUACGCCCAGCUUGUGGACGAAUUGAGGCAGAAGCAAAGCCGUAUCAGGAGAGAGCGCAGACGUCAAGCACAGAUCAACAAUGAAGAGUAAUACCAUGUCAUGUAGUAGUGAUCGUGUCUGUCUCGCUUCCCCGCUCAUUAGUAUACUUGCAUGCAUAGCUGUGGCAAUAUAUGGGCCGUGUCGAAUCAACUAAUAAUCCGCUAUCCGAAUACCUGGUCCGUGCGGUGAGCUUAGUAACACUCGGACAAUCUGGUAUUGGGGCUUGUUAGAUGACGGAUCCUCCUUCGAAGCAAGGGAGGCGCGCUCGUUGCCAGUAGCACGCUUCACCACGCUGAGGAAAUAUCGGAUAUUCUUGAUGACAUCUUCCACCGGCCAAUUCAUCUUGGCAAUUGGAGCGCGGAUAGCUCCCACUUUGUCACCCUUCCACUCACUGGUGCCCUGCAGCCUUCGGAUGUAGCCUGCGAUGUCGUCCGUGACAGUGCCUCGCCGCUCAGAAGGCAUGAGACCCAGUGGACCGAGAACACGACCCAGCCUCGGGCUAAUAGCCCGAAUGAGGUCAGGAGUACACAAGUACAUGGUUGCCUGAUGACGACCCGAGAUAAUACCUUCGACAAGCUCUACACCUCCGAUAAUAUCAGCACCGACCUUCUUCGCCUCUUCCGCUGCCCUUCCUUCCGCGAAGACGAGAAUACGGUCCUUCGUCUUGGGCUUUGGUUCCCUGGGAAGCGAGUAACGGCCCUUUGGGACAGUUGCACCACGUUCCGGAGCCUGGGUCUUGAUGACAAGCUCAUAUGUGGCAGUCGGCGAUGUAACUUCCACGGCGCGUAGAACAGAGACGGCAUCGUUGAGAGGCAUCUUCUCGACAUCGUAGACGUUCUUUUUGGCCUUGAGUGCCCUCUUUCGCGCUUUUGCGGCAAGUUGGGCCUUCGUGAGCGGAGCCCUUUCCUUCUGCUUACGGGCCAUGAGCACCGCCGCUGCAUGGAACUCUCGACGAGCAUUCAUGAGUCCUAGGGCACCAGUCAA